UCUGACAGGUAGGUAACCGACAGUGCAAGUUGGGUGAAGGGUCAUUGACGAAGCUCCGAAUGGCUUCGAAAUAUAUUACCGGUAUAAGUUUAGAAGGCGAGAGGCUACUAGCUGUGGCAAGCUGGAGUUCGAGUAGCUACCUACACAGUAUGUACUGUACAUGUACUGUAGCUUCGCGUCACCCGCUCGCAAAUCUCUCUGCUAUUGAUAAAGCCCGGUAUCGUUUUCCACUAUCCUUGAUCUUUCAUGGAACCAGUAUGAGAGAGCUGAAGAUGUCAAGAUUUUCAGAACCACUUGCUUCCCUCUCGGUAGUGAUUGAGACGUUGUCAGUGACAGCUGCCGCUGGGCCUGAGUGACAGCCCUAUUCGAAACACCCGGUUGAACUGCUUGUUCCCGGUUAAAGUGACUGACAGCCCCAAUGUCACAAUACCCGUCACAGGGCUCCAGUGCCAAUUGCUCGAUUCCUAUUACGGCGGUUCCUGC